UGCGCACCUGUCGCCCGCCCUCGGCGGACCCAAGAGCGUCGCGACGUUCCGCCCCGUAAAUCGGCCCACGUCCGCCGCUGCGCGCCGACGUCCCGGCGGCUUAUAAAUAAAAAAGGGCAGUGCACCACUCGAGGAAACUCGCCCCGAGGAAAGAAGGCGCACCUUCGAGCCACUUUAUGUCGAGAUGGCGAGAAAGAUGGAUGUCAAAAUCGUCGACGAUGGUCCUGCCCUCGACGGAGAUGCAUGACCCUGCUCGAGCCGCAUCUCACGACCCUGGUUAAGGACCUCCCGGAAGGAUGACGGUGUCCUACCAGUACCAGGUCGCCAGCUCCACGAGUGGAGGCUUCACCAGGCUCCUGUUUAUGUGGCGCGGGUCCCUGUAUAAAUUGAUAUACAGGGAACUAGUGCUCUUCCUCUUCCUCUUUGGAACCCUCUCGGCUGUCUACCGAUACGUGUUGACGGUCCCGCAAAAGAGGGCGUUCGAGCAGAUCGUCGUCUACUGCGACACGUUCAUCAAUCUGAUCCCACUGAGCUUCGUCCUGGGAUUCUACGUGUCCUACGUGGCGAACCGAUGGUGGCAACAGUACACUGCCAUACCUUGGCCCGACAAGGUGAUGCAUUCGGUGGCCCUUUACGUCACCGGGGACGACGAGUACGGGCGGAUGCUGCGCAGAGGCCUGAUGAGGUAUCUGAACUUAUCCCUGAUCCUCGUUUUGCGGUCCAUCAGUUCGGCCGUGAAGAGGCGUUUCCCGACCCUAGAUCAUGUCGUCGACUCCGGUUUCAUGACUUCCCUGGAGCUGGAGCUGUUCCAGUCCGUCCCCAGCUCGGAGUUCAACACCUACUGGAUACCCUGCACCUGGUUCAUCAACCUUCUGAAGGAAGCUCGUCGCAGUCACAGACUUCCCGAUGCCCAGGGCCUGAAAAUAAUCAUGGAGGAAUUCAACGACUUCCGGUCGAAAUGCGGCCUUCUGUGGAGCUACGACUGGGUGUCCAUUCCCUUGGUCUACACGCAAGUGGUCACCUUGGCCACGUACAGCUUCUUCGCGAUCGCUCUGGUGGGUCGCCAGUACAUCGAGGGUGCCAAGAAACCCUUUCAGAUGCAGGCCGACAUCUAUCUCCCCCUCUUCACGAUCCUGCAGUUUUUCUUCUUCAUGGGUCUGCUGAAGGUCGCGGAGCAGUUAAUCAAUCCUUUUGGCGACGACGACGAGGACUUCGAAUUGAAUUGGCUGAUAGAUCGGCACACCAAGGUGUCGUAUCUUGGCGUGGACACGUUAAUGAAUCGAUGUCCACCUCUUGUCAAGGACAUAUAUUACGAUUCCGAGAACCUCAUUCUACCGUACACCACGGCGGCCGCGGCCUACAAGAAAAAGACCUACCGCGGAAGCGUGGCCAACAUGACAGUACCGGAAGAGAAGCAAACGAUGUUCCUGCCCGAUAUCGUGGAGGAGGAGGAAGAGGACACCAAAGCCACUCCAACGCCCAGGACCUCCACCGCGAGUUUGGCGACGCCGGCGAACGACAGCCCGGUGGACAACAGGCGCCAGAUCAGCGGGUCCCCUCCAGCUACUCCGAAGAUGGCUCGAAACUGCCCUGAAACAGUUAUCCAGUUUGACGUCCGAGAAGCUGCCCCAGAAGCCGAACACCACGAGCGCCGAACUAUAGUCGACGCCAUGAAGAUAUUCUCCAAGUCGAAGGGCUCGACUCCGCGACUGGAGUACAGCAGGAAACCCUUCAUAGCGUUGGCCAAGCUGCAGAAUACGAGCCUUCAACCUUGGCCCAGUGCGACGAACCUGACCCACUUCGAGAAGGAGGAGAGCUCGAAAACGACACCCUCGUCAUCCGGGGCGGGGAAAUCGGACCGAGAGUCCGGCCUCCGAAGGAGGAGCUCCCUGAAGAAGCAGAGCUUUUCGGGGCCGGAGGAAGCAGCCUCCAAGCCGCCUCCAAGCGCAGCAGCUUCUCAGGGUGUCGUCAACUCCGGGUUUUCUCAGGAUUAUCUGACUCUGCCCGAACGGGUCUCCUGCCAAUGCAAAAUCGCUGACUCGAACGACAACAUCCAUUCCGACCUGUGCCAGUACCAGUGUCUGCAUAAGACCAUUUGCCAACACGUCGGGAGCCGUGGACCCGUUCGAGGGUCCACCAGGUCGAAGCCGAGCAGUCCCAGGUACCUCAUGAAGAGGCAGAGUUCCCUGGAAAGCGGCAGCAAGAAGAAAGGCGUCAGAUGGAAAUCCGGGUUGGUCGGAAGAGACGGGAAACUCAGGAGGAGAACAGUCGACAGCGUCCCGACGGCUGAAAAAAUGAUCGUUCAGACUAAGAGCUCGCCAGAGCUCAGUACUUUCGACAAUGACGAGUUCGUCGAAGACGCGGACUCUUUGGACCCCUCGAAAAGGGUCGACAGUGAAACGACUAUUUCUUCCAGUGAGGUGCAGGAGUGUUCUAGGGUUUAGGCGGGAUUUGGUAUUAAUGCAGGUUGAUUUGUGAUCAUUGAUCGUGGAUGGUGGAGAACUCAGUAAUUUUUCCUUUCUUGACGGAGGAACUGUUAAUAACGAUUCCUGCCAACGUGUCUUCCAAGGGUGCCUUCGGUGAUUGGGUGCACUGAGGUUUGCAUCGCCCGUAAAUUCGUCAACGAUUGUAGACAAGUUAGCCAUUAAGCACUUUUUUCGAUUCAUUGCGGAUGAUAGACCUUUGGUUAAGCAUAGAAUAAGCUAUUUAUUAUAUUAUACUAUGUAAUAUUUAAUCCACAAAGAUUGGGGGUCACAUGACGUAUUUUUUCAAAAAGAAAAAAAAUGUAGUUACGAUUGGGUGAAGGCACCGAUGCAACGGACUCUACAAUUAAGCUAGAGAAUUGACAUUAUGUGAUUUUGAUGGAACCGAUUUGUCGGAAUAAUAUACCUGGCAAAUUCCCAUACCUGCCACUGAAAAUUGUGAACACGUGGAUGUUAGAUUAAAGUAUUUUGUUCCUUCAUGGAAAUUUCUCAAUGUGUUGUGC